UCAGCUUCCCUGCGCGGGGCGCGCGUCCCCCGCCUAGCCGGGGACCCCCGCGCACCCCCGAGACGGCGCGCGCCCAGAGCGCGGGAGCCCGGAGCGCCGGGCGCCUGGGACCCCGCGGAGCCGCUGCCCAGACUGCGGGGCUCGGCAGGGAUGCAGGCUGCGCUGUGAGCCCGGGCGCCAAGGCCAUGUCCGGCGCCCGCUGCCGGACCCUGUACCCCUUCUCCGGGGAGCGGCACGGCCAGGGGCUGCGCUUCGCCGCGGGCGAGCUCAUCACGCUGCUGCAGGUCCCGGACGGCGGCUGGUGGGAAGGCGAGAAGGAGGACGGGCUCCGCGGCUGGUUCCCGGCGAGCUACGUGCAGUUGCUGGAGAAGCCUGGAAUGGUCCCCCCUCCACCGGGAGAGGAAAGCCAGACCGUUGUCCUUCCACCGGGCUGGCAGAGCUACUUGUCCCCUCAGGGCCGGCGCUACUAUGUCAACACAGCCACCAAUGAGACCACCUGGGAGCGUCCCAGCAGUUCUCCUGGGAUUCCAGCCAGCCCUGGCCCUCACAGAAGCUCUCUGCCUCUGACAGUGAAUGGAUACCACACGUCAGGGACCCCAGCGCACCCUCCUGAGACUGCCCACAUGAGUGUCCGAAAAUCCACCGGAGAUUCCCAGAACCUGGGAUCCUCGUCACCAGGCAAAAAGCAGAGCAAGGAGAACACCAUCACGAUAAACUGCGUGACAUUUCCUCACCCAGACACGAUGCCAGAGCAGCAGCUGCUCAAACCGACCGAAUGGAGCUACUGUGACUAUUUCUGGGCUGAUAAGAAGGACCCCCAAGGCAACGGAACCAUGGCUGGGUUUGAACUGCUGCUUCAGAAACAGCUGAAGGGCAAACAGAUGCAGAAGGAAAUGUCAGAGUUCAUCCGGGAAAGGAUAAAGAUUGAAGAAGAAUAUGCAAAGAACUUAGCUAAGCUCUCUCAGAACUCCUUGGCUGCUCAGGAGGAGGGCUCCCUGGGAGAAGCGUGGGCGCAGGUGAAGAAGAGCCUUGCCGACGAGGCUGAAGUUCACCUCAAGUUCUCCGCCAAGCUUCACAGUGAGGUGGAGAAGCCCCUGAUGAACUUCCGCGAGAACUUCAAGAAGGACAUGAAGAAGUGUGACCACCACAUCGCAGACCUCCGCAAGCAGCUCGCCAGCCGCUGUGCCGCAGUGGAGAAGGCCCGGAAAGCCCUCACGGAGCGGCAGAGAGACCUGGAGAUGAAGACCCAGCAGCUGGAAAUAAAGCUGAGCAACAAGACGGAGGAGGACAUCAAGAAGGCGCGGAGGAAGUCCACACAGGCGGGAGAUGACCUCAUGCGCUGUGUGGACCUCUACAACCAGGCGCAGUCCAAGUGGUUUGAAGAGAUGGUGACCACCACGUUGGAGCUGGAACGGCUGGAGGUGGAGAGGGUGGAGAUGAUCCGGCAGCAUCUGUGCCAGUACACGCAGCUGCGGCACGAGACGGACAUGUUCAACCAAAGCACAGUCGAGCCUGUGGACCAACUGCUUCGAAAAGUGGACCCAGCCAAAGACAGGGAGCUGUGGGUCAGAGAGCACAAGACGGGCAACAUCCGCCCCGUGGACAUGGAGAUCUAGACGCACGGCCUGGGGCUUCCUGCCGAGGAGGGGCUGGUGUCCCACGGAGAGGCGGUGGCACUCCUGCCGGGGGGGGGGACCUGCUCCCAAGCGGAGCUGCCCUCCCACCCGCUCUCCUGGUCCACUGAGGAGAGGGGACAGUGAAGGCAGAAGGGCGGCCCGGAUGGCCCCACGGGGAGCCCCCCGGUGUUCCCAGGCCAAGAAGAUGGAUCCACAGCCCUGCCCUCGUCUCCGAGGCUGAAGCCCCCCAAGUCCCAUGCCGUGCUUGCCACUCCGAGAACAAACCGAGGCUGGAACGUUGUGGACCCUGCUGAGCACCAGAGGGGUCCCCUCCCCACCCAGAGCCAGCUGUGUCACACCCUUACGCCCCUGGAAGCCCCAAGGCCCUUCCUCCAGCCAGCCCACCUGUCUCCAGGGCUUUGGAGGGGCAGGGGUGAGAGGUCUGUGUCUCCAAGCCAAGCGUCAGGGUCAGAAUCUUGGAUAGAAGGCACCUUUCAGCUCAACAGCCCACACCCAGAAUCCUUUGCAGCAGCCCUCCCUCUUUGUUUUUUCCCAUUGCAUAUUCUGGGAGCCCACAUCCUGGCCCUUCUCUGCUACUUUGCAUCAUUGGGAGUCUUGGGAAGAAUGCCUGGCUCCUGUUUUCCCAGACUGACCGGUCACUGCCUGCAGAGGUCAGGAUGGAACUACCUCAUUCGGCAAAUCCGCCCCAGGUCGGAGCGUUGAAUCGUGUUUCCUGUCAGAUCAGGCGUCAAUGUCACGUGCUCUCUCCGGGCAUCCCCGUCCACCCAGCCUGCAGCCGCUUCCUCCUCCACCCUCGCUUGUCCUGGGGGCCGGGUCAGUCCCAUGUUGGAGAUGGGUUGGGGCAAGUGUCUGUCGUGUCCCCAGAUGGCUCCACGUGCCUACGCACAGCGGGGUCAGGACCACUGUCUCAUGUAUGGCUGUCACUGGCAGGCACUGUGCGGGCGUCGCAGACUCUCGUGGCCACAGUACACGUCACCAUCCAGGCAGCCUGGCACCUUGGCCUCUCAGCUCCUGCACGUUUCAAAGCCCCGCACGGAGCCCCUGCUUGGGGCUGCUACCCCCUUGCCCUUUCCCCAUCGUCUCCCCAUUCCUGGGAGAGCCUGGUCUGAGUGUGACCUAGGAAGCUUUGGCACUGCCACCGG